AUGAGCAGCUACAGUGUUACAGAACCUGUUGACAAUAUUAACCAAAACUUGAGCAACUACAGUGUUACAGAACCUGUUGACAAUAUUAACCAAAACUUGAGCAGCUACAGUGUUACAGAACCUGUUGACAAUAUUAACCAAAACUUGAGCAACUACAGUGUUACAGAACCUGUUAACAAUAUUAACCAAAACUUGAGCAGCUACAGUGUUACAGAACCUGUUGACAAUAUUAACCAAAACUUGAGCAGCUACAGUGUUACAGAACCUGUUGACAAUAUUAACCAAAACUUGAGCAGCUACAGUGUUACAGAACCUGUUGACAAUAUUAACCAAAACUUGAGCAACUACAGUGUUACAGAACCUGUUGACAAUAUUAACCAAAACUUGAGCAACUACAGUGUUACAGAACCUGUUGACAAUAUUAACCAAAACUUGAGCAGCUACAGUGUUACAGAACCUGUUGACAAUAUUAACCAAAACUUGAGCAACUACAGUGUUACAGAACCUGUUGACAAUAUUAACCAAAACUUGAGCAACUACAGUGUUACAGAACCUGUUAACAAUAUUAACCAAAAAUAA